ACCCGAUGGAAGUCGACAGACGAGCUACCGCCAUACCGAACGCACCAACACGAGAUCGUGGAGGAACCAGGUUCGAAGCCGAUCUUCCGAGCACCACAUCGGCUACGCCCCACAGAACUAGCCGACAUGAAGAAACAGAUCGAGUAUCUCCUCGCCAAAGGACUCAUCUGACCAUCCACUUCACCGUACGGUGCCCCAGUACUCUUCACACCGAAACCGGACAGAAGCCUGCGCAUGUGCAUCGACUACCGAGCUCUGAACAAGUUGACCAUCAAGAACAAAUACCCGAUUCCACGAAUCGAUGACCUGCUUGACCAGCUUCGGGGA